CUGUGCCCGCUCCACUGAGCCACACCGGCUAGCCCCGGGACCUGCAGGAAUGACGGGCGUGUUGCGGACGCUACUGCUGUUCCGAACUGGGCCCCACAGGCUGGGUUCUUUUUGGAGUGUGCCGAUGGCGCCCCGAUGGACCCUUCCCUCCGCACACUUGGCCUUUACGACGGAUCGCCAGUCCAAGAGAGAAAACGAGAGAACAGUAGAAAAGCUCUGCAAGUUUUCAGCUGACGUCAGGAAAAUCCGCAGAUUGAAAGGAUGGGUGCUUCUGGAGGAAGAAACCUACGUGGAAGAGGUGGUGAGUGUCUUACAAGGCCUGGGCGCCGACGCGGCCGCGGUGGCCAGCAUCCUGGAGCGCUGCCCCGAAGCUGUCCUCUGCAGCCCCGCCGCGGUCGCCGCCCAGAGGGACCUCUGGCAGCUGGUGUGCAGGAGUGAGCAAGAGUUAGUCAGGCUCAUAGAGCAGUCUCCAGAGGCCUUCUUCACCGUCCAGGACCAGGAGAACCUCAGGCUGAACAUCCAGCUCUUUCAGGAGCUAGGGCUCAGGAAUGUGGUGAUCAGCAGGUUUCUGACAACUGCAUCCAGUAUUUUCCAUCACCCUGUUGAGAAGAACAAGCAAAUGAUGCGGGUGCUCCAGGACAGCUACCUGAGCAGAGGCGGGUCUGAGGCCAACAUGAAAGUUUGGCUGCUAAAAUUAUUAACCCAGAAUCCAUUUAUUUUGUUCAAUUCUCCGGCGGCUGUGAGGGAUACACUGCAGUUUCUCCAGGAGCAAGGUUUCACCGACUUGGAAAUUCUUCACCUUCUGUCCAAACUCAAAGGGUUCCUUUUUCAGCUUUGCCCACGAGGCAUACAGAACAGUAUGUCCUUCUCAAAAAAAGCAUUUGAAUGCACAGAUCAUGACCUGAAGCAGUUGGUUUUGAAAUGUCCUGCUCUUUUGUAUUAUUCUGUUGCAGUUUUAGAAGAGCGAAUUCAGGGAUUAGUGAAAGAAGGUAUUUCCAUAGCUCAGAUAAGAGAGACACCAAUGGUUCUUGAAUUAACACCACAAAUAGUUCAGUACAGAAUAAGGAAACUAAAUUCCUUAGGCUACAGAAUAAAGGAUGGACAUCUCGCAGAUCUAAAUGGAACAAAAAAGGAGUUUGAGGCUAACUUUGGCAAAAUUCAAGCCAAAAGACAAAGGCCUUUAUUUAACCCUGUGGCACCCUUAAGUGUUGAAGAGUGAUGACUGACAUUACUUUUGGCAAUACAGAAGGAAACUGUUUUACAGAUUCUAUGCACUUCAGGCUGUGUAGAGUAAACCAUUAUUGUAAGGACCACCUUAGCUUCUGAGGAGUGUUUAAAGUUACUUGGAGGGUCCCGGAUGUAGCUCAGCUGCACAGAGCCUGCCUGGCAAGCUCGAGGUCCUGAGUUUGAUUUCCUCUAUCAAAAAUAAAAU